AUGACACUGUGUAAGAGCGGAGCGUUUUGUAAGAAGCGACAAUUGCUCAGGAGCCAGCAUCGCCUGGGUCCUCCAGAUGACCUCGUCCCAGCUGUCUCCAACCUGGAUGCAGAGAGCAAACUGAGUGUCUAUUACCGAGCACCUUGGCAUCAGCAAAGAAACAUCUUCCUCCCCUCCACCAGACCGCCCUGUGUGGAGGAGCUGCACCACCACGCCAAGCAGCAUCUGCGAGCCUUGCGCAGAGAACAUCGAAGCCGAGGUGAUAACAGAGAGCAAAAAGUCCAAGGCCCCAUCGCUGUGGUGGCUCCCCCCUUUCCUCCCUUCCCUGCGAUCUGCAGUCAAAAGAGGCAAGCGAUAAAGGACCGGCACUUGCUACCAUUUAACAGCACCCGUUCGCCCUCCCCAAUUGAGUGUUGCCACAUGACCCCCUGGAGUAGAAAGUCCCAUCCACCAGAGGACGAAGAUACAGAUGUCAUGUUAGGGCAGAGGCCGAAAAAUCCAAUACAUAAUAUCCCUUCUACACUGGAUAAACAAACCAAUUGGAGUAAAGCACUACCUCUCCCAACUCCAGAGGAGAAAAUGAAACAAGAUGCCCAAGUGAUUUCUUCUUGCAUUAUCCCCAUCAAUGUCACUGGAGUUGGUUUUGACAGAGAGGCUAGUAUUCGCUGCUCUCUUGUUCAUUCACAAUCUGUACUACAGCGGAGACGAAAGUUGAGGAGGAGGAAAACCAUCUCUGGCAUCCCCAGAAGAGUGCAACAAGAAAUAGAUUCAGACGAGUCGCCGGUGGCGAGAGAGCGCAAUGUGAUUGUGCAUGCAAACCCGGACUUCUCCGGCUCCAGCAGCAGGAGGUCGGGGACACGGGACUCGGAGUGCCAGACGGAAGAAAUCCUGAUAGCUGCUCCCUCCCGGCGGCGGAUCCGCGCCCAGAGGGGGCAGAGCGUCUUCGCCUCCCUCUCGCACUCCGCCGGCAACAUCUUGGUGCUGGCGGACAACGGGGAUGCCGUCUUCGCUGCCGCUGUCAGCAACCGCAUCCGCUCACGCAGCCUUCCUCGCGAGGGCGCCAGGGCCAGCGAGGGACAUCAGGAUGCCGCCACCAAGAGUGCAGGGUACGAAGCAGAGCGCUUCCUAGCCGGCCAGGAGAGGAUCCCGAAAAAGGGGAAGGAGGUCUUGAGCAAGCAGGGUUCACAAGAGCACCAGCCCAUUGGUUUAACUUGUCCUCAGCAUCUGCACAGCCCCGAACACAGCAUCGGUGAGAGGGGGAGGUCACGGCUGUCAAGGAUGGCCGAUUCAGGCAGCUGCGAGAUUUCGUCCAACUCGGACACCUUUGGGAGCCCUGUUCACUCUAUCUCCACGGCAGGAGUGCUGCUCAGCAGCCACAUGGACCAGAAAGAUGACCACCAGUCCUCCAGUGGCAACUGGAGUGGGAGCAGCUCCACGUGUCCUUCCCAGACGUCUGAAACCAUUCCUCCUGCCGCCUCUCCUCCGCUGACAGGCUCUUCGCACUGUGACUCCGAGCUGUCGCUCAACACCGCUCCCAAUGCCAACGAGGACUCCAGCGUCUUCAUCACAGAGCAGUUUGGUGACCACGUGGACAAGGUCAGGGGCCACAGGGCGAGCUCCUUCACCUCCACCGUGGCAGAUUUACUGGAUGACCCCAACAACAGCAACACGAGCGACAGCGAGUGGAACUACCUGCACCAUCACCACGACGCCUCCUGUCGCCAGGACUUCAGCCCUGAGCGCCUGAAGGCCGACAGCCUGGGAUGCCCCAGCUUCACCAGCAUGGCCACCUACGACAGCUUCCUCGAAAAGACCCCCUCUGACAAGGCAGACACUAGCUCACACUUUUCUGUGGAUACCGAAGGAUACUAUACCUCCAUGCACUUUGACUGCGGUCUCAAGGGUAAUAAAAGCUAUAUUUGCAACUAUGCAGCUGCGGGCUCCGAGAGCGGCCAGACCGGCAGCGUGACCUCCAGCCUGGCUGACUGCGCCUGGCAGGAGUGUGUAGGCCACAGGAAGCAGGGACGGCAGAGCAUCUCGCUGAAGAAACCAAAGGCAAAGCCAGCCCCACCAAAACGCAGCUCGUCUUUGAGGAAAUCGGAGGGCAGCACCGACCUUCCUGACAAGAAAGAACCAAAGAUCGGUGGCGGGCAGCACGUCUCUCACACCGCCAGGGAGAUGAAGCUGCCUCUUGAGUUUUCAAACACACCUUCCCGAGUGGAAGGCCCCAACCUGCCAGCCAAGCAGGAGCUCCCCUGGGCGAACCAGGGUGACGGUGGGUUAAAGGACACUCCGUUUGACACCGCCGAUAUCCCCUCCUUUAAAGACGAAGGUGCUGAACAACCUCACUAUGCAGACCUCUGGCUUCUGAACGACUUGAAAUCCAGCGAUCCUUACAGGUCCUUGUCCAAUUCCAGCACCGCUACGGGUACUACAGUCAUAGAGUGCAUCAAGUCACCGGAAAGCUCCGAAUCCCAGACGUCCCAGUCCGGGUCACGAGCCACCACUCCAUCCCUCCCCUCCGUCGAUAACGAAUUUAAGCUGGCCUCCCCUGAGAAGCUGGCGGGGUUAGCCUCCCCCUCCAGUGGGUACUCCAGCCAGUCGGAGACACCCACCUCUUCUUUUCCAACGGCUUUCUUUUCGGGACCCUUGUCUCCAGGGGGGAGCAAGAGGAAGCCAAAAGUACCGGAGAGGAAGUCGUCGCUGCAGCAGCCGCUCCCGAAAGACAGCACGGCCUCAGUGAGCAAAGACCUCGAACUUCCGAUUAUACCUCCUACUCACCUCGACCUAAGUGCUCUUCACAACGUCUUGAGCAAGCCCUUCGCUCACAGGCACCAGCUGCAUGCCCUCAGCCACGGCAAGCAGAGCGCCGUCGGGGAAGCCCUGCACCCCAGCCCUCCCUCUGCCCUCGCCAUCACGCCCUCCGUUCUCAAGUCUGUCCACCUGCGGGCAGUCAACAAGCCUGACGGGGGGAAACAGAAAGGCAGCACCCCAGACCUGCUCUGCAUACAGGAGACCGCCUUGAUGGCAACCGAUGUUUCUCUGGGCAAAAUGAGGCCACUCUUAGCUAAGAAACCAGUAUCACGCCAGUACUCCACAGAGGAGGCCAUAAUGUCGUACAUCGAUGCUUCCCCAGCAGAAGGGGGACCUGGAAAGCCGGCUUUAGAGAAAAGCUCCUCUUUCAGCGGGCAGAAUAGCUGCGAGCGAGAAGCUGUAGCUUCAGCAGGCGUGGGUCUGGUUGACAUCAAACCCGGGAAGGAUCAAACACAGCUGGCCUCUGAGCGCUUGCCGGAGAGCACUCUGAAUCAGACGUGUGCCGUCUCCGCGGAUGGGUUUCAGAAGGGCUCAGCUGUCCUUGUAGGUGAUGACGAAGGAAAGAAACCCGGCCAGGGAGGAGAAACAGAGCACAACUUUCCGCAAGCGCAGGCUCAGCUGGAGCUCUCCGCAGGCAGCGAGGGGAGGCUGGAAGCCGGGCCUGGGGGCAAAAGCCCCAGUCAAGCUGAGGGGGCGGCUGUCAGUGAUCAGGUUAAGCACCAACCCGAUGUAAGCCACCAUGUGCCUGGGAAUAUUGGCUACGAAGUGGAGGCAGCAGCAGCGAAUUCACCCAGCGAAGUGAGUUGCAAGCAGGAAAGCGGUAUCGCAUCAGGUAUCCCAACCAGAAGUGCCUCUGAUGAUGGCAGGGCGGACGAGACGGCGGGCGGCGUGGAAGAGCCUUCGCUGAAAGAGUCUUCUCCAAGCGACGAGUCCAUCGUGUCUCCGCUGAGUGAGGAGUUGCAGGCUGACGCUGAGGACGUCUUUGUGUCUCCAAACAAACCCCGCACUACCGAGGAUCUGUUUGCAGUCAUUCACAGAUCAAAAAGGAAAGUUCUUGGGAGAAAGGAUUCUGGAGACCUUUCUGUAAGGAACAGAUUAAGAGGUUCAUCUGGGACUAGCAGCCAGCCCCCUGCCAGCAGCACACUGCCCGCCAGCAACAUGCCACCAGCCGGCAGUGUGGGCACUACCCUAAGCAGUCAGAAAAAAAAAAGGAAUGAAAAGUCCAACACAUCCAAUGAGGAGUUUAAAUUACUGCUCCUUAAGAAGGGCAGCCGAUCUGAUUCCAGCUACAGGAUGUCUGCCACGGAAAUUCUGAAAAGUCCUAUUUUGCCCAAGUCUCCCGGAGAGCUGACGGCGGAUGCCCCUCAAAGCCUAGAGGAGUCUCCCCCCGCGGUGAGCCCCGAUGCAUUGUCCCCGCUCUCUCCCUGCUCCCCCAGGGUCAACGCAGAAGGAUUCUCCUCCAAGAGCUUUCCCAUGUCGGCAUCUUCGAGAGUGGGGCGCUCCCGGGCACCACCAGCAGCGAGCAGCAGCCGGUACAGCGUGCGCUGCAGGCUGUACAACACGCCGAUGCAGGCCAUCUCCGAAGGAGAGACAGAGAACUCGGACGGCAGCCCCCACGAUGAUCGGUCUUCUCAGAGCUCAACGUAG